UCCUUACAAAUACACCGUACUUGCAUUCAAGUCCAGAAAAUGUCGGGGAAACCGAGCAGCCAAGUGGAAAAAAGAAAUAACCCACCUGAAGGGGAAGGGGAGCGGAGAGCUACAACGACCGUGAGCCGAGACUCAACACGUGACAGUGGCUUUGGCAGCGCUCGCUCAUCACGAGUUAGUGUGACGUCAGCCUUGUCUACGCCAGAAGUGCCCGAAGAAGGAAUAGUGAUCUUGGAUGAAACUGACAGCGUUUUUAGUAACGUACAGGAUACUGCAGGUCAAGAUACCAGAACACCCGAAGAAGCUCCGGGUUUUCGAGAUUCACAAGGGACGAUAUGGAACAGUGAGGGGAUCUAUUCCAUUCCUUUAAAAACACUGACAGUGGCAAUGAAAGUUCAAAUUGACACCAGCGGCGGGGCAUCCGAACCCACUAAAACUGGAGAUGCCGAAAGCUCGUGGUAUCACGACCAAGGAAUUCACCAUGUCAGCGAAGAUAUCCCAUCUUUCGAAAAAUCCUUUGAAAAUGUGGGCGUAUGCUUAACUCUAAAAGACAUAAAGACGGGCUCCAUCAUCAUCAGCUUGGUUCCCAAAGAUGUUGAAUCUCUGAGAAAAUUAGUUGAAGCCUAUAGAAGCGGCGAGCUGAGAGAGACUCUUGAGAAAUCUCUCAUUUCCGAGAAAAUGCGAGAGGCAGCAAAAAGAGAGGGAAAGAAGUUGACUCUUGAAGUGACCAUUAACGAACCAGAUAUACUCGGUAUGAUUGAGCUAAUGGAGAAGCUGAACGAAGCUGAGGGUGCAGAAGGGGACACUGGUAUAACAGAAUUGUGGUUCACGUACUGCGCUGCCCUGAAAAUGUGGUUCUGGACACCAUACGAACAGAAGCAUAUUUGGAUGAAGGUGAAUCACAAAAGUGUCUUGUCGGGGCCGAAGUUCGGUGGGCAGCCAAGUGCUAAGAACCUAAAACUACUGGCGUAUCUUCAAGAGAGAAACCCACAAUUUCCUGGACAUCACGUGGACUGUGUUAUCUGUGAUCUUCGGAGAAAAGGCCGGGUGACAUAUGAAAAAUCGUCCAGCAGUGAAACUGACCAUGCAGAAGCCGGUGAGCCAGAGACAGAAAGUGGGACAAAACGAAAGCAUGCUGCCGCGGCGAAGAGCGAGGACAUUCAACAACUGCCCAACGGGUUCCACCACGAAGUGGACAGCUAA